AUGAAAAAAAGCAUGUUUUAGAUUUAUGACUAAACUAAAAAAAACAAAAAAAAAUUAUUGAAUUAAAAUCAACUCAGGGUUCUUAUUACAUCAUCAUUAGUGUACCAUUGUGUCUAAGGAAAAAUUUGGUUCGACCAGUAGGGGAAGUAGGGAAGAAAGGGUGACUUAAACCCUAGAUCCAAAGAAUAAUGGUUAAUAUCAUCUAAAAUGAAAAGCUAAUUAUUAGAGAGAACAAAAAGGAUUAGGAUAUACAUUGACAAUGUAAAAUAUAUGUUGAAAGCUGUUAACAAUAGCUACUGAAAUAUUGAUGUAAAUCUUGUUGAAUAGAAAAAAUUUCAUAUCACAGGAUAGAAAAAAUAGGGAUUAAUUUAAAAAAGCUAAAUAAGGUUAAGUCAAAAAUGGCUGUACCAAAGUUGAGAAUAUUAAAAAAGAGAUGUGAUU